AUGGAGGCGCGGCAGAGUCUCUUGUGUCUCACCUUCCUCUGCUUUCUGCUGCACGUCCGAGGUGAGUAUGGCGACUUUGAUUUGGCGGACGCUCUCGACGACCCCGAGCCCACCAAGAAGCCAAGCUCAGGUAUCUACCCCAACCCAAGGCCCCCCUACCACCCACAGCCUGGAAAUCCCGACAACAGUGGAAAUAUCUACCCCAGGCCGAGGCCCCCCUACCACCCACAGCCUGGAAAUCCCGACACCGGUGGAAAUGUCUACCCAAGGCCGAAGCCGCCGCCUCCUCGCCCGCAGCCUGGGAACAGUGGAGGCUUCCUGAGCGACUCGGAUCUCAGCGACGGCGGCCACUACCCGCCCAGGCCGCCCGCAGGAGGCGGCGGUGGAGGCGGCUACCACCCGGGUCACGACAGCUACGGUAACAGGCCCGCUACACGCAACACUGGGGCCCGUGGAGGCGGCUACUCCACGCCCGGCAACCAGCAAGAUCAAUCCCUCUCUCCUGCGCCCAAGCACCGUCCACGCCGCACCCACGCACUUUCCACGCCCCGGGCGCGCGCCUCCUCCGCUCACCGCACGUUCCCUCCAUACGAUCACGUUUCCAGCGUGGCCUCUGCCCUGGGCCGCGUGCUGGCCUGGGGCCAGGCCCGUGAGGCCAGUACAAACAUUGACUUUGGGGGCGGCGGGUUAAAGGUUAGAGGUUUUAGAGCCAGGACGCCCCGGACGCCUGGAUUCUGCGGGGAGGAGGCCGAGGGAUCGGGGCGCGGAGGCCUGGGCGUCCGCCUCCAGGCUCUCCCUUCCGGGGCUGGGGGUGGGGGGGGGCCCUGGGGCGCGCGGCUGGGGCCGGCCGUGCGGAGGACCCCCUCCCGGGGGCGGAGCUGA